CUCGCGAGAUCUGACAAGACUGCGCGCGAAGCAAACAGGGCGAGGAUAAAGCAAGAUGGCGUCUGACGGUGAAGACGUUAUUGCAGUCGUCACAGUUCAGUGUUCUUAAUCUGUGCGUCCAUGUACACAUAUAUGUCCUUUAUUACACUCUAUUAAAUAGAGUCAUAAUAACUGUUUGUAUAUUAGUCUGAGCGCACUUCUCCAGCUAGCUUAGCUUGCUAGUUAGCUUAGCUUGUUAGCUGCUAACAAAGAGAGAUGAAAACACAUCGCUAAGCAGAGAUCAAGUGUGAGUGUAAAGUGUUGUGAUUGUGUGAAAAUGUGCGAAAGAACCAUAGCAGAGUACGAGGAGGAACUUUGUCCAACAAAAGAGGAGAAGGAGCGACAACAUGAAAAACAUCAAGUUGUGUUACACACAACAGACAUCCAUCAGCUGAUUGGACACCAAGAAGAAUGUCUCCCUCAUCUGCAGGGGGACAGUUUCACUUUAGAGGAUCCACAGCCCUCACAUUUGAAAGAGGAAGAGGAGGGAGAGUGUCCUGUAGGGCAGGAGGAGGAUGAUGUCAGCAAGUUUCCACUGACUGUUGUCUCUGUGAAGACUGAAGAGCAUGAAGACAAAGCACCUGAGUCCUCACAGCUUCAUCACAGUCCAAACGUCUGUGAAGAACAACUUCUGCCUGAAAAACAGGAGAGUAGCUCCAGGAUGUUGAAGGAGGAUCCACCAAAGUGGAAGACCAGGCACCACGGACCCUCUGGCUUCUCCUUUUCCUCUUUGACACAGACCCUGCCCUGUAAAAAGGAAGAGGAAAACUCACUGACCCCCCACAUUAAAGAGGAAGAGGAGGAACACAGCGUUAGUCAGGAGGGAGAUCAUAUUGAAGGACUGGAGGAGUUCCCAGUGACUGGUGUCCCUGUGAAGAGUGAAGAUGAUGAGGUCAAAGGUGAAAGUGAGGAGAAGAGAGAGGCAAAGCCUCCAAGCAGCAGCUCAACACAACACAUGACAACAGAAGCUGAUGGAGACCACUGUGGAGGAUCACAAGCAGACAAGAUCUUAGCUCCACCAUCAGAUAGUGAGGACACAACGUCACACUCUCCUGACACUGAUGAUGAACACUCUAAAGAUGAUGCAACAUGUCACACUGACAACACUCACUUCACAUGUUCUCACUGUCACAAAACUUUUAAUGACCGUAGAAAUAUGAAAAGACACAUGAGAACACACACUGGAGAAAAACCUUUUUCUUGUUCAAUCUGUGGUAAAGGUUUGACACAAAGGCGAUCUUUGAAAAUACACAUGAGAAUACACACUGGUGAAAAACCCUUUUCCUGUUUAACCUGUGGUAAAGGUUUUACACAUAAUCAAUAUUUGAAAGUACACAUGAGAGCACACACUAGUGAAAAACCUUUUAUCUGUUCAAUCUGUAGUAAAGGUUUUACACAAAGUCAAUAUUUGAAAGUACACAUGAGAACACACACUGGUGAAAAACCUUUUUCUUGUUCAAUCUGUGGUAAAGGUUUUAAACAAAGGCGAUCUUUGAAAAUACACAUGAGAACACACACUGGUGAAAAACCCUUUUCCUGUUUAACCUGUGGUAAAGGUUUUACACAUAAUCAAUAUUUGAAAGUACACAUGAGAGCACACACUAGUGAAAAACCUUUUAUCUGUUCAACUUGUGGUAAAGAGUUUAGACAAAGUCAUAGUGUGAAAAUGCACAUGAGAAAACACACUGGUGAAAAACCUUGUUCCUGUUCAACUUGUGGUAAAGAGUUUACACGAAGUCAGAGUGUGAAAAUGCACAUGAGAACACACACUGGUGAAAAACCUUUUUCUUGUUCAAUCUGUGGUAAAGGUUUUACACAGAGUCAGAAUUUGAAAAGUCACAUGAGAAGACACCCAGGAGAGGAAGUGUUGAGUUGCAGUGUGUGUGGUGAAAGAUUGUCUUCUAAGUACCAGUGUAAGAAACACAAGUGUGCUGGUGAGAACAGCAGCAGCAAAUGAAACUGCAGGAUUUGAAAUAAACUGUCAAGACUUUAAUGUUGACUUUCUAACAACAUCAGCACAUAUAACAUGUGUGACAUUAUUGUUUGUGUAACUAUCUUUUUAAUAUGCUUCUACAUUUAUAGAUUAGAUAGUUUGAAAUAUGGAAGUAUUCCAUAUUUGUAUUUGUAAUUGUUAAUGAUCCCAUAGAUGAUCACCUUUAUAUGAUGUACAUAUGUACUGGUUCACAUGUGAAACAUCUUCUGGACCACUUCAGGAAGCAUAUUAUUAUUUACUUUAUACAUCAUUUGAACACUUGUCUUUUAUACCAUUUUAAAAUGUGUGACUUUAUGAAAUUAUUUGUUGGGUCUCUAUAAUCCAUUUUAUUAAUGAUCUUUAUUACUCUCUUUUGUAAUAUGAUGAUUGUGUUGUGAUUGUUUUAUAUGUAUGUCCCCAGACCUUUAUGCAAUAUAAAAGUGAGAGAAAAAGGCUGAA